UUCCCCAGGGACUCCUGCCAAGCCAGGAAGAUGCUACAGUGCCUGACUUCAGAGAGUGAAGAAGAGGCAGAUUCUGAGGAGAGAGAAGACAGUUCCGUAGAAGAUCUAAAAGAAAUCGCUGAUCUGGCUUUUGUGAACGAGGACAUAGAAAAAGGGCUACAGAAUGCCCAGCAGCAAUCCAAGAAGAAGAAGAAAAAAAAGAGAUGAUUGGUGAUCAAUCUUUCCAACUGCCGGUAUGAGAGUGUGCGCAGGGCUGCUCAGCAGUAUGGCCUUCGAGAGGGGAGUGAAAAUGAGGACUGGACUAUCUACUGGACUGACUAUUCAGUGUCACUGGAACGGGUGAUGGAGAUGAAGAGUUACCAGAAAAUCAAUCACUUCCCUGGGAUGACUGAAAUCUGCCGCAAGGAUUUGCUGGCCAGGAAUAUGAGCCGCAUGUUAAAGAUGUUCCCUAAGGAAUUCCAUUUUUUCCCCAGGACCUGGUGUCUUCCUGCUGAUUGGGGAGCUUUGCAAAGGUACAGCAGGUCAAGAAAAAAUAAGACAUAUAUUUGUAAACCGGAUUCAGGCUGCCAAGGGAGAGGUAUAUUCGUUACUCGGACGGUGAAAGAAAUCAAACCAGGGGAAGAUAUGAUCUGUCAGCUCUAUAUUACAAAGCCCUUUAUCAUUGAUGGAUUCAAGUUUGACCUACGGAUUUAUGUGCUGCUGACGUCCUGUGACCCCCUCAGGAUUUUUGUGUACAAUGAAGGACUGGCUCGCUUUGCUACCACAUCUUAUUCCAAUCCCUGCAUAGACAACCUGGAUGAUAUCUGCAUGCAUCUUACUAAUUAUUCCAUUAAUAAACACAGUACAAACUUCAUUGAUGAUGGUAACUCUGGAAGCAAGAGGAAACUCUCUACCUUCAACAUGUACAUGAAGAACAAAGGCUAUGAUGUGGAGCAGAUAUGGAAAUCUAUUGAAGACGUCAUCAUUAAGACACUCAUCUCAGCUCAGCCUGUCAUCAAGCAUAACUACCAUAGCUGCUUCCCUAGCCACACGCUCAACAGUGCCUGCUUUGAAAUCCUGGGCUUUGACAUCUUGUUGGAUCGCAAACUCAAACCCUGGCUACUCGAGGUCAAUCAUUCUCCAAGCUUCUCCACUGACUCCAAGUUGGACAGAGAGGUAAAAGACAGUUUGCUGUAUGACACCUUGGUCCUGAUCAACCUGGGAAGCUGUGACAAAAAGAAAGUCUUAGAAGAGGAGAAACAGCGGGGCAGGUUCCUGCAGCAAUGUCCUUCCCGGGAGAUAAGGAUGGAGGAAGCCAAGGGGUUUCAGGCAAUGCGGUUACAGAAAACUGAGAAAUAUGAGAUGGAAAACUGUGGAGGGUUCCGGCUGAUUUAUCCCUGUGAGAAUAUGGAGAAAUAUCAGACGUUUUUCCAGGAUAAUAGCUCCCUCUUCCAGAACACUGCAACCUCCAGGGCUCGGGAGCAGUAUGCCCGGCAAUUGAUCGAGGAGCUGAGACUGAAAAAGGAGAAGAAAUCCUUCCAUAAGAAAGAGAAGAAGGUGGAGUUGCAGGGCGAGUCUGCAGGCGAGCAAGCAAGAGGCAGAAGAACAGGGAGCUGGCAACGGAAACAGAAAUACAAGACCAUUGUCCAAGCCCCCAGACAAGUAAUCCAGCCAUUGACAUUAGUGUCCUGCACACCUGACUUGUUAUUGAGUGUCAAAGAUGUAAAGAAAAAUGUGAUGGACAGUAGCCUUGACCAGGAAGUCCCCAAGAAGGAGGCUGGCCCGGAGUCCUACUACUCUCAAUCUGUAAAGCACUCCAGCUCUGUACCUGACCUCAGGAGUUCAAAUCUCAGCUGCUUUGGAAUAGAGCUCAGUAAACCCAAUUCCAAAAUCACAGAAGCCAAGUCGUCUUUGACCAUGAACAUAUAUGACAACACUGUGCCAAGUACCCCAGUAGAAAAUCCUGUAGAAUCCACCACCCAGCUGUUGGUCUCUCCAGAAUCUCUACCAAACAUGAAUCUGUCUACCAUGUCUGAGCGCAACAGCCCAGAGAUGAUUAGGGUGGUCUCCAUUAAAUGCAAGGAACAGAAGGUCCCUCAGCAUUUCAUCCAGGAGAAAAUACUGAAACCUAUGCCUACAAAAUCCCAGAGCUUCUCACGAAGUUUGAACCCAAACUGGACUUUGCUAAAGAAUAACAUGAAAAGGCAUCAUCAUCUGAUGUCAGAGAUAUUGACCAAGGUUCAGCUGACAGGGAGCCUCUUGUUCCCACCACACUGCAACCCAGAGCUGACUGGCCGGUCACAAAACCCCUCCCUGUCCAUGGAGUGCUGCUCCUAUAGUCACAACUCUAGCAAGAAGAGACAGCUGGAUAUACCCUCCCUCCUCCUCUUGAAGAGAUCUCAUAGCCAGAACAAUUCUCGGAGUGACCUUCUGGUGGUUGCCACUCAAGCUCGACUGGAUCCAAGACCUAGCAGAAGCAAUCUAGUUACUAUAAGGGAACCAUGUAUACAGGAUCAGGAAGCAGAGAGCCACUGCUUGAUCUCUGGCCAAAAAGAAUAUGAGAGGAAUUAA